AUGGCUCAAAUUGGGGCUUCUUUGGGGAUGGACGCUUACGAGUACUUUCUCACAUCAGUUGGACCCAUCAAGAGAGUUGACAUCUCUUACGGACCCAACUCUGUCAGCCGUGGCAUUGCCAACAUCACAUUCCGCGAGGCGGAUGGCGCUAGCAAGGCCUUCCAGAAGCUGAACGGUCUUCUUGUCGACAAUCGCCCGAUCAAGAUUGAGAUUGUUGUUGGCGCUUCUCAGGCAGCCAACGUCAUCCCCCCUGCUAAGAAGACCCUUGCUGAGCGCACCACGCAACCCAAGGCUCAGCCCAAGUCUGCUGCCAACAACAAGCGCAACAACAACAACAACAACAACGCGAACACCGGUAAGGGUGGUCCUGCUGCUGCUGGCGCUGCUGGCAAGAAGCCUCGUGCGAAGCGUACCGGCCGCCCUGCGAAGAAGACGGCAGAGGAGCUUGACUCUGAGAUGGCCGAUUACUUCGAGUCUGGUGCCAACCCCAAUGAGAACGCGGCAGCCGCCGCUCCUGCCCCCGCUGCCACCAAUGGCGACGCCGCUAUGGAGGAUGAGAUCAUGUAA